GAAAUGCACAGAGGGCAAGAGAAGGCGCUGCCGAGCGGCUUCAUGCAGUGAAGACACUGAUAGCAACUGCAUCCUCAGUAGACAACAGGAGGGAGAAGAAACAGAAUGCUUCCUCGACGAGCCAUCCCUUCCAGCAACAAGGCAGAUCUUUCCAAAGAGAAGACUGCGAAGAAGAAGCCCACGCUCGAUGAGUUUGUAGACAAACAUGAUUGGUCAGGAGCUCUUGGCCUGCUCAACUUUGAGAGCAACACCAAACAAGCGGCAGGAGACUACUCCGAGUCUGAAUCCCUCACUAUGUGGAUGGCUUAUUGUGCUUUUCAUCUAGGGGAUUACAAGAACUCGUGCACGCAUCUGGACGAACUAAUCAGUCUAGCACAAUCAGAACCUGUCUGGAAUCUGUACAAAGCAUGCGCACUAUUUUACUUGGGGCAGUACAACGAGUCAUAUGAUACAGCUUUGAGGACGGGAUCGGGUUUGACAGGGGCUCCUGGACGACUACAAAAUAGACUUCUGUUCCACCUGGCACACAAACGUGGUGACGAAAACAAGCUCAUGAUUUAUCAUCAGAAAUUGACAGAUGAUACGGAAGAUCAGCUUUCUUUGGCAUCAAUCCAUUACCUGCGAAACCAUUACCAAGAGGCAACAGAUAUAUACAAGCGCCUUCUAUUGGAAAACCGAGAAUACUUGGCUUUGAACGUUUAUGUGGCACUAUGCUACUACAAGAUGGAUUAUUAUGAUGUCUCCCUUGAGAUCCUUCAAGUGUAUCUACAACAAUUCCCAGACAGUGUCGUUGGGGUAAAUCUCAAGGCUUGUAAUCACUCUAGACUGUAUGAUGGGAAAGCGGGAGAAGCUGAGCUGAAGAAAUUAGCAGACAAGCAAGGAAUUUCGAUAACACAAUACGAUAAUGACUUGGUGCGGCAUAACCUCUGCGUGUUCCGAAGUGGGGAAAAUGCCAUGCAAAUUCUACCUCCUUUGAUUGAUGCAAUCCCGGAAGCCAGGUUGAAUUUGAUAAUUUACCAUCUGAAGAACGAAGAAUACAAGGAUGCUUUGCAACUCAUGAAAGACAUAGAGCCCUCGACCCCGGACGAGUACAUCCUCAAAGGAGUCAUUUUUGCAUGCUUAGGUCAAAUUGAAGACAACAGAGAAAUGUUGAAGUCUGCCCAGCAAUACUUUCAGCUGGUAGGAGCCUCAAGCAGCCACUGUGACACGAUCCCAGGACGACAGAGCAUGGCGAUGUGCUUCUUCCUGUUGAAGCAGUUUGACGAAGUUUUGAUUUAUCUCAAGUCCAUCAAGGCUUACCUGUUCAAUGUCGACGAGUUCAAUUACAACAUGGGAAUCGCAAAAUGCGCCUCCGGUCACUACAAAGAUGCCGAGGAGCACCUCACGAUGGUCACAAAUCCAAAGUUCAAAUCAGAAUACUCCUACAUCAUGGCUCUGGCCAGGAGUUACAUCUACAACGGCAAACCGAGGUUGUCAUGGGAGCUGUAUCUGAAGUUGGAAACUUCGCAUGAGUCGUUCAACCUCGUUCAGCUCAUUGCAAAUGACUGUUACAAGAUGGGCCACUUCUUUUAUUCUUUGAAAGCUUUCGAUGUUUUGGAAAGGUUGGAUCCAAACCCUGUCUUUUGGGAUGGCAAGCGCGGCGCGAGCGUUGGUGCGUUCCAACAAAUUGUUGCUGGGCGUGAGCCGAGGGAUAAUCUGAGGGAGAUUUCGAUCAUGCUGAGAAACACUGAAAACCCACAAGUCGAGUACAUCUUGAGAGCUUUCAAGAAAUGGGCCAAGGAGAAUGGGAUGAAGGUGAGAUCUAUUCUACGUGUGCGUCUACGAUUAUCUACACUAAGAGUGUUUGUGCUUCAACUGAUCUUUGUGACUUUGUGCUGACAAUUUGGGAGGGGAUGCAGAUGUGAGAAAGCUCGCACGGGUUUCCAUGGGCAAUCGACAGAAAUCUGUAAAGGUACAGCGGUUAUCAAGCGCUCGAUAAGAUGCAAAUAUAACUCACAUAUGGAGGAACGUAUCCCUUUUUAAAUGUUGAUAGUUCAAACGC